ACCCUUGUAUAGGGGUGUGGGGGCAAAAAACCUUUGAAUUUUCUUGUGCAUGAAUGAUUAACAAAUCUUGCAGCAAAAUGAUAAAAAGGCAAAAAAUAUCAACUCCAAGACAGUGCUCCACCCUCUCUCUCUCUCUCUCUCUCGAUCCAUUUCUUUAUAUAUAUGCAUACAGUAAAACUCACACACCAAACACACACACAUAGUAUAUUGUUAUUUGCUUACAAAAGUCAGCGCCGUCCUCGGGCCCUCCAUCUCUGUCUCUCUCGCAUCAAGCAAAUAUGCUCCAACCAGAGAAAGACAGUGGCAAUUGAUCAGCAAUAACACAGAAUAGGACGUUUUAUUUAAUUUGUUUGUGGUUCCGAUGGAUGAUGACUGGGAUCUCCAUGCGGUGGUGAGAGGCUGCGCCGCCGUGACCACCACCUCCACAGACACUACCACCACCACCACUGCUAACAACCCUUUUCCCAGUUUUUCCUCUACGCCUAAUUUCCAUGAGGUUCAUCAAGACUCAUUUGAUUUUCCUGGCCUCAUAGACGACAGGAACGACCCUUUCCAGGGUUUGCAAGAAAUCUACCAAGAAUUCUGCCUUGACGCUCCACCUCCCGCCACCUCUUCAUCCGGCGUUGAUACUGCCACAGUCCCCGUCCCGGCGGUCCAAGUGUUUCAACCCCAUCGAGAAAUUGCGCAAAUACAACCACCACUGCUCCAGAUGAAUAUGCAAACUCAAGAAAGCAUACAGUUCAAGAAUCCUACACUUGCUUCUCCUUCUCAUCACAGCUUUCCAGCAGCAAAUCCUCAGCCCAUCCGACAGCGAAGAAGGAAAAACCAGCAGAUGAAAAUGGUCCGUCAAAUGACACAAGAAGAACUCUCCGCUGAUUCAUGGGCAUGGCGAAAAUACGGUCAAAAGCCCAUAAAAGGAUCUCCAUAUCCAAGAAACUACUACCGGUGCAGCACAUCUAAAGGCUGCGCCGCCAGGAAACAGGUGGAGCGCAGCCCAAAUGAUCCGGGGAUUUUCGUAGUCUCAUACACCGGAGAACACACUCAUCCACGGCCAGCUCACCGGAGCUCACUCGCCGGAAGCACACGCAGCAAAUUCUCCGCCGCUUCAAAAAGUAAUAACAUUGAAAGUUAUGCGCUUUUGUUUCAAAAGGGUUCCGUCUCUUCUUCUUCAACUGCAUCUGGCUCGACUUUCUCACCGUGUAGUCCAUUAAUGGAAGGUGAAGCUGCAGCGCAGAACGACGACGUGGAGAUGGCCGAGGAGGACGACGGAGGCGGAGAUGAGGACGAUGAGAAUGUUAUUGUGAUCCCAAAUGACUUGAUGAAUGAUGACGAAGAUAUGUUCAAAGGAUUUCAAGAUUCUGAUCACUCGAGUGGUGGCGGGGACUUGUUUUCAAGUGGCUUACUAUCAUCACCGCCGUGGACGCCCACCAGCUCAUCCGCUAAAGCUUCCAACUUCAAUGGCGGAGGAGGAAGCUGAUCAGUCGCCGGAGAAGAUGGGCUUAUAACCCUUCCUUCCUAUGCAAGAGAUGGAACAAAGCAUCAAGGAAUAUCAACCCUCUCCACCAACAUUUCUUGAUCUUCUUUUUUUAAUUUCUUUUGAAUAAUUUAUUAUUAGAACUUAUAUAAUUUGUAAUAUUAGGUAUUAAUAUAAGCCUAGAGUUUAUAUUUUGGUCUGUACAGAUAGAAUAAUUAAGGGGUGGAAAUUGGAAUUAACAAG